AUGCAGGACUCUAGGCCAGAAUUACCCGUGUAUGGGCGUGAUCGCGAUCAAGAUCGUCCUAUAAGGCGACACCAUAGUGCUAGCUACUAUGCACACAGGGUUAAAGAAAGUUUAACCACAAGAGUCUCAAAGUUAAUAUGUUCAAUAUUCUUAGGCCUUCUUGCAAUUGUUGGACUCAUCACAUUCAUUUUAUGGCUAAGUCUUCGCCCUCAUCGUCCGCGAAUCUUCCUCAAUGACUUCUCUGUUCCAGCAUUAGGUCAAGGAGGUGGUGGACCUGAAAAUGCACAAAUAAACUUCAAAGUUACGGCAAGGAAUUCUAAUCAAGGUAUUGGAAUUUACUAUGAUGCAAGUCAAGUGGCGGUGUAUUAUGGAGAAAAGAGUGUUGGAGGCUACCAAGUGUUGACACCAUUCUAUCAACAGCCAAAAAAUAGCACCAUAUUUGCUAGUAUACUUAGUGGUUCAUCAUUGACAGUAACAGGGUCGCAGUGGAAGCAAAUGCUGAAUGAUCGAUCGAGGGGUCCAGUGAUGUUUCGUGUUGAAUUAUCAUCGACUAUAAGAUUUAAGAUUUCGUCAUGGAACAGUAAACACCAUAGGAUGCAUGCUAAUUGUCCUGUUGGAGUAGGACAAGAUGGUAUGCUAUUGCCUGUUUAUAAGGAUAAGAGAUGUCCAGUUUAUUUCAGCUGAUUUAGGAAGGGCUACAUUUAUUUCAGAUAUUUUCCAUUUGUU